CAGGAUUUUAAUGUCACACUCACACUCGUUUCUUCUUUAGCCUUUAGCUGGACGGCUAGCUGCCGGUUAUCAACAUGACGCACAUAUUCUGUUAUUAAACAGAAAUUAAGGAAUAUACAGGGCUGAAUGGGAUAGACGGCAGGUCGUUACGUGGAGCCACUUGAGCCAAGAUGCCUCAGAACCCGCUCAAGAGCACCCAUUACAUCGAGCUGGGCAGCUACCAGUACUGGCCUGUGCUCGUGCCCAGAGGGAUCCGCUUGUACACCUAUGAGCAGAUCCCAGGGUUUCUGAAGGAGAACCCGUACAUCACAGACGGAUACAGAGCACACCUGCCAUCAAAACUCUGCAUCAAAAGUAUAUUCAUUCUGUCCAAUGAGACGGUGAACAUCUGGAGUCAUCUGCUUGGGUUCCUGCUGUUUUUCUCGCUGGGGGUAUAUGACAUGGCCACGGUCCUGCCGUCUGCGGGGGCGUCACGAGAGGACUAUGUGAUUUAUUCAAUAGGACUAUUUUGUUUUCAGGUUUGCAUGCUGUGUUCUGUGGGCUACCACUUGUUCAGUUGUCAUCGCUCGGAGAAGACGUGUCGCCGCUGGCUUGCUCUGGACUACGCUGGAAUAUCCGUGGGGAUUUUGGGAUGUUAUGUGCCUGGAGUCUUCUAUGCCUUCUACUGCAACAGUUUUUGGAGGCAGGUGUACCUGCUGACGGUGCUGGCUCUGAUCCUGGCGGUGUUUGCGGCUCAGAUUCAUCCUCUCUACCUCACACAUCACUGGAAGAAGCUGCGCUCUGUCAUGUUCUGCUCCGUGGCUGGAUACGGCAUUAUCCCAGCCUGCCACUGGGUCUGGAUCAACGGAGGAUUUGACUCUGAAAUCGUAAAGAUGUUUUUUCCUCGAGUCAUGAUCAUGUACGUGAUCGCUGCCUCCGCGUUCCUUUUCUACGUCAGUAAAAUCCCAGAACGAUACUUCCCAGGCCAGCUGAACUAUCUUGGUGCCAGUCACCAGCUCUGGCACGUGCUGGUGGUCGUCAUGUUCUACUGGUGGCACCAGACCGCUGUCUACAUCAUGAACUACAGACACAAUCAGCCCUGCAGCAGUGGUUAAACAUGCUUAUGAAAUCAUCCAUUUUCUUUGGCAUUAGUUUAAGUUGUGCUAAUAGAAUCGAACAAUGAAACUUUACCUCUCAUCUGCCUUUGAACAACGUACCUUAGGGUUACGUGCAAUCAAUAUUGUGUUGAGUUUAUCCGCCUGAAGAAAACUUUCAUACACAUUCUCUGCUGGAUAUACCGGUACAUUGUCUUUGUCUGUUACUUUAUGUAUUUUGAUUUCUAUUGAGCCUUUUGCCCAUGGUAUCAUGGGGGUUGUGAAACUAUACUGUUAAUACUUUGCCUCACUUUUCUGGAAUGUCCAUCAUUUAAAUGACCUUAACUCUCACUGUUUUUCUGACGUAUGUUACAAUUUAGUUUACUGUAAUUUUGUGACUUUUUUUUAAAUACUUGUUUGGUAAAGGGAGUUGUUAUGAUGUAUUAAACGCACUGAGUUCAUGUAACGUUAUAGCAUAACUGGACUCUGGGAAUUUAAAUGACCAAGCAAGCAUCUUCAGUACUUAAUGUAAACAAUGGGUCAAAAAAUACUUGCACUGAGUUGAUUAUGAAUAUGUAUUGAGGCAGCCAUUACAGAACUUUUUGUGUGACUGUUUCUCCUCAUUCUUUUUACACUUUCUGUUAGCGGUUUGGUUUUCUUUAUUUGAUAUUUUAAUCUUUUGGAAAUUAUACAAACUGCCUGAAUAAUGAAACUGAAUAAAAAGCCUUGUUCGUUCA